AGACAAGAAUCAAGUUGCCUGCUCUUCUUGAGGUUGAGUCUGAGUGUGGUUGGAGCUGAAAAGGGACUGUCUGCACAGUCAGUAUCUAUUGCUCGUUGUAUCCUCUGAAAUAAAGCAAGAGAAGAAAAGAUGGCGACCCAGUUAAAGCAGAUCGUUGAGCUGCUGAAUGCGGAGCCCUUUCAUGCCGAUUUGUCCCUCGUCGCCUUUGACGAGAAGGAUGGCGUGGAGCUGCUCGAAGUGCUCAAGAAAGUGCUCGCGCAUCUUGACAGUAAAAAAAUCGAGGAGCAGCUUUUCUUGUGCUGGUUGCAGUUUAUUGUUUUUUCGAUUUCGUUGUACCACAGCAUAUUGAUUUGCGUUUACUUUUUACGUCAUACAUCAUACGUUUGUCAUGAAGAUGAAGAAAUGUUGACAAUGAAUAAAAAAACAGUAUUUUUUGCUCCUGUGCAGGUUCUGGAAAGUUCGAGGUGGACUUGCGAGAGGAGACGCCGGAAGGGAUGUGCCAGCGAUUUACAGAGUACCUGCACCUCCUGGGCUACCAGUGCAACUACGACAUGGAAUUUCAGCAGGGAUUGAUGCUCGGCGAAAAGCGCGUGGUAAACGGUAUCCUCUGGUGGCUGUUGACAAACCUGGAGAGCCUGAAGAAACGCAGCUUCCUGGCGCAUUUUUGUGUGAAUCUCGAAGUCCCAGAAGAAAUUCUCCGGGAUGAGUCCGUCUUUGAACUGUAAGCGCCCUCCACUUACUGGUCUUCUCUUCAUCUUCACGUGGCUGGAAAGACUGCUGUGUCACCACGAUGUUUUCUCCUUGUUAUGAAAAUCAAAUGGGUUUGUUUCGUUUUUCGUUUUCGUACAGGGUGCUGUCUUAGACGACAGGACCUUUAAGAGCGCAAAGGUGCUUGCUCAAUAUUGUGAUUUCUCAACAUCAUAAGUAAUGCAGCGACGUACAGCACCGACAACAUACGACCACGGUCAUCAUCUUUCAGGUAUCAAGCGUACAAGGAGCUUCAGUCACAGUUUAAGACCACCCACGCCCACUUGGAGCAGCUGCGCGCGCAGAAACAGCACCCUGGCGACUUGCAGUAUGGCGUUCUCAACGACCGUUUCAGUCUCAACUGGUACAUGAUUAAUUUGCCAUGCAAGGAUUUGGCAAAAGUGCAAGGCGGAAGAUUGCGCCUUUUGCAUUUUACAAGUUUGACGCAGAUUAUGACGCUAUCUAGUGCGGCGAGAACUUGUCACGUGAAGCUAGCAGCUUGAUCCUGUCGAUAUGUGUUGCAAUUUUGCAUGACGUCGAAUCCACUAUACAGCCGAGAGUGUAACGGUUGAGAACGUCGCCAUAUGCAGAGAGAAGUCCAGCAACUUGCAGCGGAGUCCGACCAGUUGACCCAGAAAAUUGGGUCCUUUCGCCAGAAAUCCUCGAACACGGCCGGGUUUCAGAAUCUACUGCACAUCACGUCGUUAUGGAUGCGUCAGGCUUUGGAAAUUGCCAAAUAAAUAAAUGGAAAUAUUAAUGAUCUGUCAAAGCGAUAACAGCUCCUGGAGGGCCGCCAGAACCAGUAAUUUCUAACUCACUCAUAACAUCAGACUCGGGUGCAGGAGCUGGACCUUCUUCUAUAAAUAGAAUCAUUUUUAUUUUCAUGCUGUUUGCCUUUGCGCGAACUACAACCAGAUGAACGAAGCCGGAUCAUUCUGUGCUCUUGGAGAACAGCGCCCUUCGUAACCCUCUGCAGGCUCACAACCUGCUUUACUUGUCUCCUUUACAACGAAGACACUUUAUUUGUGUCGUGUGCUCCCAUUUUAGAUACGCAUUAUCCAUGUUGUUGAUUUGUAACCAACGGCCUGAGGCUCCGAUAGUCGCUGCUACGAAAAGAACAGGAGGAAGAAGCCAGGCUCACGGACCGACUGGUCGAGCAGAAGAUUGCGCUGGAACAGACCGAGCAUUUGUUUCUGGAAAAGUCCCGGCGUGUGCAUGAGCUACGGCAAGCUCAGGCGUCAGAGCCGUCUAACAGCGCGGAGGCGAUGUUGAAGGUACUCCGCAUUGAGACGCAGCGCAACAAAGAUGCCGAAGCGCGGCUGCUGCGGGAGCGAGAGGAAAAGCUAAAGCGGAUGCAAGUGAUUGAGAUCUCCCUACAAGAGCCAGCCGCAACGCAGAGCAUGGUGAUGGAAGUGCAAACGGAAUGCGCGCACAUGGAGCAGCAAUGCGAGCACCUGGAGGCGCAGCUGGAAAGUCAGAAUGCCACCGACUCCAAGCUCACUGUGUACAAGCAGCAAGCUAUGCAUUUUGCAAUACUCGUCUCCAUUGCGCCAUCGCACAACUUAGUGGAAAUCGGAAUCGCAUAUGCAUAGACCGCAAUGCAGGAGCUUUCGAUUUUGUUAUCAAGAUGAUUUAAGUUGCACUUGCACAAAAAAGGUCUCACUGAGACCAGGUAAACAAGGACUGAGUCAGUUCUACUGCAAUACAGAGUAGAACUGAGUCAGUUCUACUCUGUAUUGCAAUUCACUAUUCGAGUGCGAUUCUUUUCUCGCACGGGAUACAGGCAAGCUUAGUGCAAAAGAAAAAGGAUAUGGUCCAGGGGGAGCUGCAAAAAUUGGUAGAGGAAAGGGACGCUCUGGCACAGCAGAUCGCACAAAAGGAAAAAGAGUACUACUUGAUCUUACUAACUUCAUCCAAACAUAACUUACUUGAUUUUUGGAGUAUUGAUGCGCGGCUGAUUCUUUCUUCAGCAGCGCGACAAGAGAUUGCACCCGCUACUUUUGAAUUCGCGUGAAAUAAACUGCAAGAUCUAGUACUUCCAAUCUGCACUGGUAGUCGAUGUUGAAAAAUCCCAUGGAUGAACAGGUAUGAGGCGAAGCAAGGCCAUAAGUUCAUGAAGCGCGACGAUUUCAAAGCCUACGCAGGAAGCCUUCGGGAAAAGAGCAACCUCUUUAAGAAGCAGAAAGAAGAGCUGAACGGCUGGAGGAGCGAGGUAUUAUAUGAAACAGAAACUCAAAGAGCACAAAGAACAACCUCUACCUACUACAUCCAUGCACUCGUACACUUGGAAAACUAUGUUGUAUCUGCAAACGCGACUCUUACUUUAAUUUUUCUGAAAUGUAGUACUAGUAUCGUUUUUGUUGGGCAUGGGCAUCAGCUGACUCUGCUCGGUCCUCGGCAGCUCCUGGAGGUUUGUUCAUUGUACUCAAACAAAGAAGAGAUCAACCCGCCUCAAUAUUGAUAUUCUGAGUUUCGGAACUGAAAUAUUAGUACCUACAUGAUAAUUCUUCCUCAACGCCAGGUAGCGGUCCUAACGCGGACGCUGCAGAUACUUAACGCUCAGCACCCGCUUCCAGCCGAUGUGCGACAGAACGAAGCGGCGAUCGCUAUGGCUUUCUCAAACGUUGCACUGCUUGCUGUCGCUUCAGUUUUGCUUGAUUUGUCCCACAGAAGCGGAACGUUCUGUGUCCCAUUCUGCAUGAAGAGCGAGGUAUUUCUUGCGACACGCUUCCAAGGCUCGGCUCAGUAGCAGGGUUAUCUGUGCCGAGAUUGUCAUGUUGGAAGCGCGAGCUGCCCCUUUUUGUUUUUGCGAGCAAAAGUUACAUCAACGUAAACUCAUUGAGAACGCCAUAAUCGCCGUCACGAGUGUGGCGAAAGCGGAAGCAGAUUCGGCAAAGGGAAAAUCUAUGGAUGAACUGUCCGACAUUAUCAAACAGAUUACAACGCAACUCCGCGAACAGAAAAACAAGCUUGCGCCGCAGAUCAAGGAGCUCAGGUACAAAUUUCAAUGAAAGCACAGCCCGUGAUCGACGCGGUCGACCUGUUUAUACUUUUCUGCGUCCCCUUUCAACGGGAAAAGGGUACGGGCGGCUAGCUCAACAAAUGUCCUCACAAAUGCAGAUGAAGUCGAUCACAUCAGAAGAAAGAUGAGGCGAGCGGUAGAAACAACAAAAUGACUUUACUGACUCGAAAAUUGUAUAAAUGAGGAUGGUGCGGCAGCAAUUUGCUGGAGUGGAGCAGCAACAUUCGGAUUUGAAGGCCAAGUAUGACGAGGCGAAGCUGGCCGUCGACGCGGACCUGAACCGCGUAAACGGCGAGGUGACGAGUAUGCAGGAGGAGGUGAACGGCCUGGAGCGGAAGUACCACGAACUCCAGACCGACCUGUCCGCGUCGGAAAACCGGCUUGGUCGCGUACACAAGGAAGCCAAGCAGCUCCGGGACGCGCCGCACGUCAGCCUCACAACGCAGUACAACAACGCCCUGACGAAGAUGGAGCAGCAGUCGCGGGAGCUACGGCAAAAGCAAAAGCACGUCAAGGAGACGCACGAAGAAAGCGUGCAACAAAAGCAGAUUUUCGCGCAGCUGGAAGCGUUGAUGGACAUCAAGCUGAAAGUGACCAGCAACUACGAAAAUCCAAAUACCGGGAAUCUCUACGGCGCACACUCGGUGGACUACGGCAUGCGCCCAGCAAUUGACAUGUCGCAGGGAACGGUGAAUCGCAUCGUCAUUGGUGAUUAGAAGUCGAGCAGUAGUUUCUGCGCAGAUAGAUUUUCGCAUGUUCUUUUCUGCUCGUGCAUCUGAAGAAACGGACCCGAGCUGCACGCUCAUCAUGCCGCGCGCUUUGCAAGAGCAAGCAAGACCUGCGGUAAAGCAACCGCAUACAGAUCGUCGACCGAUCAUGCAUCUUCGGCGAGGUGGUCGCUGUAGUAU